CAAUGGAGGGUGGCGCAGCAGCUGAAAAAGUCUUCUUCAAACCUCUUCUCCCAUUCUCUCUUUCUUUCUUGCUUUCUUUAUUUAAGGCCUCUAAUGUGGCGGCUUCAUGUGUAUAAUCCACCCAACUAGUUCCUUCCACAAUGGGCAAAGCUUCUAGUUCUUCCUCCUCUUCAAUCACCAGCUGCAGGAACAACCCUUCCAAUUCAACUGCAUCCUCUCUCACGCACCAACAUAGCCAAGACCUUCGCACAGAUCUUAGGCUUGGACUCAGCAUUUCCGCCUCUCAACAUGUUGCCUCUUCCAGUUCAGGGGGGCACUGGCAACCGAUGCAGCCACAUCUAAGUAGUUUUUCACAAGCUACUGAAGUUAAUGAUUGCAGCGAUCACACGAGCUUCUUUGUGAAGGUGUACAUGGAAGGCAUUCCAAUUGGUAGAAAACUCAAUUUGUUAGCUCAUGAUGGUUAUCACGAGUUAGUGAAGACCCUUGAACAAAUGUUUGACACCACCAUUCUGUGGGGGACUGAGAUGGAUGGAGUGCAACAAGAGAGAUGCCAUGUUCUAACUUAUGAAGAUGGAGAAGGAGAUUUGAUUAUGGUUGGAGACGUUCCUUGGGAGAUGUUCCUUUCGGCUGUAAAAAGGUUGAAGAUCACAAGGGUUGAGACAUUUGGGUGAUCAAUGUUCACAUAUGACAAAAGAUUGGUUCUUUUUGUGACUUAAAUAUUUAGUCCUGUAGAGUGAGACUCAAUGUCAGUGAUCAUCCAUUAUCAAAGUGGUGUAUAUUCUUAGUAUGUUUGGAUAUUGAAAAGGGUUGAGAUCACGAGAAAGAGAAAAAUCAAAGAAAAGGAAAAGGAAAAAAAAAUAGAGUUUAAAUAUAAUUACAAUUAUUUAUUUUCAUCCUUUCAUAAAUUUUCUAAAUGAAAAAAGAGCAAA